ACGAGAAGCGAAAAUGAAGCGAGGAGAAGCAGAUUGGCGAUAGCCCGCCUAUGGAGACUCCGAAGAAACGGCACGCUCAGCAAGAACCAACGCGAAUGUCGGAGAGACUCCAGCUGAGUUGCCGACACCCACCCAUGAAGAUCUCACCGAAACGGAAGACGCCACGACGCGGGACACGUGCGGGACGAAAGAUUCCAGCAAUAAUUGGAUCUAUUGGAAAACUCAAGUACGUGAUCGAGAACCUACGGGACCUGGCUGACCUCACAGUGGACGAAUUGAAACAGAUCUACGAGACCGAGGACGUGCAAUGGGAAGGGAAGAAGAUGCAAAUUGUCCUAGCUAUUGCCGAUAAACGAACGCAAGUGGCAUACGGAUCGCAUGACGAAGAGGACGUGGAGUAUGUCGCGGAUGACACGGGCACCAAGGAAAUUGCCGAGACAAGCCGAGAUGAGGAAGAGGAGGCACGCCGGAAAGGGAGUGAUGAGAGACGUAGGGAAGCAGAGCACCAGAAGGUCAACCAGGGUCUGAGGACAUUAACUCCGGUGAGGAUACGUACUGAGGAUGAUGAGGCAUGGAGCGUUGACCUCUUCUCAACGUUCGGAAAGAAGGAGAAGGAUGAUGCAAGGAACUUCAAACUAACCUCGCAAGGCGGCGAUAGCUGGUGUGGUGGAUGGAAAUCCAUAAGGAAAGCGUUCGGAAAUUCGAUCAUCGUAGUAAACGGAUCUAGCAAAAAGUUGUGCGAAUGUAAGCAUUUUCUGGAGAAGGGUGGGACAUGUGUGGUGAGUCGACUACGAAAGUGGAAGCCGAAGGUAGGUCCAGAUAAGCAAUUUUUGAUUUCGGCAUUGGGCAAUCCAAGCCGUGUGAACCAGUUGAAACGCUGUAGUCUUGAGGAACUAGUCAGAUUGAACGGAUCGGCGAAAGAAUUCCAGAGGGCAUCUACGAUGGCCUACCUGCGAAGGCUGAUAAGCCGAACGAUUAAGGAAGGGUUUGCUUGGCAUGUUAAUGCGAAACUGACUGUUCGUUUGAAAUUCGAUGAUAGGAUACGUAUGGUUGAAGUGAGGAAACUUGUUAAUGAUAAGCUACAGGAGAUGGAGUUGCCUGUCUGCUUGAAGACAGUUGCGCGAAGUCAGAUUCGUAUCGUAGGAACUAAGAAUCCCUCGGUAGUUGACUCACUGCACAAUCAGCGAGUAUUUGCGAGAGCAGAGGUACUGACCUGUACUUGUGCUGGACUACCCUAUCCUAGGAUAGGAGAUCACAUGCAGUUUCGCCUUCAGGAGAUGGAGGGCGUAGAUCCCCUGCUAUGUUACGCUAACAAUAUCCCGAAGCUACCUCACCCAGACCGUGUGCAGUUGCUUAGGAAAGAGAUUACCGAUGGACUGUUGGGUUGGAGCAACUGUAGGGCACAGACGACGUCGGUUAGCAAGGAGGAAGUGGCUAGGUGUAUCACCACGAAUCACAUGCAGCAGGGAGAUGGUAGGUUUCUGAGCAUGAGCAAAGUGAUGGAUCUGAAGAGAAAGCUGGAGGGACUAGUACUGACCCCCCUGGACCAGAACCCAGGAGAAACAUUGGUACUAUGCUCGAAAGUGUACUACGAGGCGAUGAUUUCCCUGUUUGUAGGCAAUCCGGGUUACGUUCCGGUUGACAUAGAGGAGAAGGAGAUUCUAAGAAGAUCGAAGCAAGCCCUGAAGGAUGAGGGUUUGCUUAAGUUCGCAAGAUGGGACAAGAAAGGGCGGCAGACUGAGGAUGACUCCCGUUCUUUUGCACCGCUUCUGUGGCUUGGUGUUGAUGGCUUUGUUGCUAGUAUGCGCCCAUCAGUUUACACACCAGUACCUGAUGAGGAAGAGGAGGAAGAGGAGGAAGAGGAGGAAGAGGAGGAAAAGGAGGAAGAGAAAGGGGAGGAAGAGGAGGAGGAGGGGGAGGGGGAGGGAGAAGUGGAAGAGGAGGAAGAGGAGGAAGAGGAGGAAGAGGAGGAAGAGGAGGAUGAGGAGGAGAGGGUUCAUCAUCAUCAUCGUUCUGAUUAAUCAUCUCAAUGUCUAUGAUGGUGAUGAGAAUGAUAAUGCUGCGGUUGGCCAUCAUGGUGAUGACGAUCGUGAAGUAGCGAAGGUCUUGUGAG